AUGAUGGGAACUGAAGAUAAAGCACUGUUUUGUUUCUGUCAUUGGGGUAAGAAGAAUAAGGUGCUUCCAGAUGGAUCCACUUCGUAUGUGGGAGGUAUUACCCGUCAGGUUAUUGCAAAAACAGGCAUAAAGUAUAAUGAUUUUGUGAAUGCAGUUUUUGAACGAUUAUCAAUUGAUCGUUCAGAUAAGAUCUUACAUUUUACUGUGAAGUUUGAUAGGUCCCAAUUGAUACAGCUGAGCGACCAAGAAGAUGUCAACACUCUAUUACAAUUUAAUGAUGGUUUUGCACAUGUUUAUGCAUCAAGUUUCGAGAUGGAGCCUUAUUCUAGACUCCCGUCAGUAGGUGCAAAAAAAAUUGAACCUAUUGUUGUUCCUGAUGUAGAACCAGAUACUAAUCCUGUACACGAUGAUGAGAAUGAUUUUGCAAGCUCUCUGAAUAAGGCAGAGUCUGACCAGUCAGCUGGAGACAGUAAACCUCAACAGAAAGAAGUUGUUGAUGCUGAUGAUCAAAAUCAUGCUAGGAUUGUGCAAAAUGAUUGUACUUCUAAUGUUGGGACAGUUAAUGAACAGGUUUCUAGAUCGCCAACAGGUGGUACGGAAAAAGUUGAACUUAUUGUUGAUUCUGAUUCAGAAUCAUAUACAAGUUCUGAUAGUGAUCCUCCUGAGAUCAUGUAUUACUAUCCUAAUACUGAAUUCAGUGAUUUUGACAAGCAUAAAACUGAAAAUUGCUUUGCAGUUGAUCAGAUCUGGGCUGUGUAUGAUACACUUGACUUUAUGCCAAGAUUCUAUGCCCACAUUAGGAAGGUAUCCGGUCCUGAAUUUAAGAUAAAGCUCAGAUGGCUCGAACCUCAUCCAGAAGAAGAUCAAAGGGAGGAGUGCGCAUGGAUCACGGCAGACUUGCCUGUUGGCUGUGGGAAAUUUAGAGUUGGGAAUACUUAUUAUACUAAUGAUGGAGUUAUUUUUUCUCAUCAAGUGCAGUGCGUGAUGGGAGUGAGAGGUAUGUACAUUGUAUAUCCUAGGAAAGGCGAGACGUGGGCCCUUUUCAAAGAUUGGGAUAUUCGUUGGAGCUCUGAUCCAGAAAAUCAUAGGAACUACAAGUAUGAAAUUGUGGAGAUUCUUUCUGAUUAUGUUGGGGAUAUUGGUAUUAAAGUUGGUUACCUAGAUAAAAUGACCGAAUUUCUGAGCCUUUUCCAGAGAACAAAGCGAACUGAAGUUGGUAUAUUCUUUGUAAGGCCAAAAGAAAAUUACAAGUUCUCUCAUCAAAUUCCCUCUUUCAAAAUGACUGGAACAGAACGAGAGGGUGUACCUAGUGCAUCAUUUGAACUUGAUCCGGCCUCUUUACCCCUCAGUGCAGAUGACAUUUGGUACCCGGGGAAUGUUAAGGAAGUGCGCAGGACUAUAAAUUCUGAACCUGUAGAAAGUGUUUUAUCUGCAGUUUCCACUGGAACUAGUGGUAAGUUUGAUAAUGCGAAGACAUCUCUGAAUUCAGGGGACUUGGAAGGCAUCCAUGACGAGUCUCUAUAUUCAUUGACUUGGAGCUGA